AUGUCUGCAUCCGAAUCGCCUCUCGCUCGUGGAAAUGCGGGUGUGGUGUUCGCAAAGCAAAGCUUACUAGGUAGCAUACUACUUGUUAAUAGUGUCGGGGAUUUUAGACGUUCGCGUGCUUUUAGGACUGUUGGAUUGUUUGCAGGGGCAAAUCGCGGUUCUGGAGUUUCGCGGUUUGAUGAUGAAUAUGAUGCAAUAUCGUCUUUAUCUGCGACGCUCUCACAAACUCCCCGUGGUUUGGUUUGCAUUAAAAGUACUGUUUCCCGUUCACGACCCAUUACUCUUUCCGUUCAUUUUAUCCAAUUCCACGCCUACCCAUUUGCCCGGCUGGAAAUCGGUGUGGCCGACGUACCGGAUAAUGCCGCGGUCACCAUGAAUUUCGCAGCGGCAGAGGCAUAUAGAGCAGCCACAAUUUUCUUAACUAUAGAACUAUGGGACAUGUAUGCUGCUCUCUUAAUCGAGAGAAAUAGCAUAGCGAUAGCACUUCCCAAGAGCGACGUAACAUACUACCCACAAAUAGGACUAACCCGCUCCGAAAAAACCACCUACUACAAACAGCUAACCUCGCUUCCAUACUGGAAACAACCCAGCCUAAUAAUAUACGGCCGACCAACACGCGCUCCACGACUUACCUGCUCAUUCGGUUCACAGCCCAAUAAAGUGUACCGCUACUCCGGGACCACAGCGACCCUCGACUCAGUGGACUACCCGCCCCCAAUUCUGCACAUCAAAUCCAUAAUCGAAAAAAUACUCAACACGGAAUUCAAUUUUGUGUUGUUAAAUUGGUAUAAGAACGGCAAUGAUUGUAUCGGUGAGCAUUCGGAUAAUGAACGGGAGUUGAAGAAGUUGGGCGUGAUUGCGUGUGUUAGUUUGGGCGCGGAAAGGAAUUUCGUGUUGAGGAAUAAGGUGGAGAGGAGAUUGGUCAGGAAGUUGGCGUUGGCUGAUGGGUCGAUGGUUGUAAUGAAGGGAAAUACACAGGCGAAUUGGAAACAUUCGGUGCCAAGAGAAAAGAAGAUUGUUAAUGGGAGGAUUAGUUUGACUUUUCGGCAACUUGUAUGA